AUGUUCAAGGGCCUUAGAAAGAAAGCUGCUAUAUUGUCGCUAUACCCAACGGCUUCGAACCAAAGUCAGUGUUCGUCGUCGGAAACAACAGCGUCAUCUUCCAGUUAUGAAAUAGUGUUGAGUCAAAUCCACGAAUUCGAGAUUGCUUUGAAAGCAAUGGACUACCUUCUCGACGAUCGGACACAACAGGGUAUAGUGCUUUUGCAACAGGAAGUGCGCAAUGGCCACGCUGACGGAAGGCCGCACGCCAUUUUCCCACUAGCUCUUGGGGUGAUGGAGUUCAUUGAAGCAACGUUGGGGUUUGAGCCGGAAGUCAUGGCCAGAGCCCACAAGACAUUGACGGAUGCCGAGAGCGCUUCAGCUAAUAACGCCAAAUACAACGUGCGGAAUCAUCUUGUCACGUCGACUAUAUAUCCUCCAGGAACAGAGUUUCAAGUGACGUUGGCCGAGUCAACUUUACUAAAUGCCUUGCUCAUGCUAUUGACUGAAAAUAACGGCAUGGUGGAAAGUGCAAGAGCCUUGUUCAAAUUGAGAAAAGCGUACCAGACUUUGGAUGCAGUCUACCGGAAGAUGCAAGAACUGGAGCCCAUGUUUAAAAAGAAUCUUGCAAAAUUGCGAAAACAGGCUUCAAUGGGGAAAUUACCUGGGAUCGGGGCACAUUCAGUCAGCACCGUUGACCUUCCAGGCUACGAAUCACUGGGCAGUUCUAGUAGCACUUUGCCAGAAGAUUUAAAGUUGAUCAAGAACUUGGAAAAGAUCUAUUUCAUGCGCAAGGCAAGAAUCGAGGGCACCAAUUUGGGUAAUAAGGAUCCACAUUUAUUUGCUGGCCUGAGCAACAGCUCGGUAACUUUGAUCAAGCACAGGGAAGACAAUGACGUUGUGCUUAAAGCCGUGGAGGGAGGACCAUCAUCUUUGGAAGAAGACAUCUUUGUUGAUGCAGUGGAGGAUUUGACCAUUGGCGAGGUUUCUGGGUCACUCGCUGACUCCAGUGCCCAGUCGAUGCUUUCUUCAGUCGAAACAAGUCCAAGCGAAGCACAAAGUUCGGAUUCCCAUUUACACGUCUCGACGACAGAUGAAUUCAUCCAUUCCGGAGUACAGCUAUGCUUUGGAAUAUUGCAAGUUGUCUUGUCGUUGAUCCCACCUGCAAUAGGUAAGGUGUUGUCGAUUGUUGGAUUUCGAGGAGAUCGAGAAACCGGUCUUAAGCUAUUAUGGAGAACGGCCAUCACCUCGAGAAAUGUGCACGGCGAAUUGGGUUUGCUUUUCCUCUUGAUGUUUUAUGAUGGCCCAGUACAGUUUGUGGACACGGGUUUUCGAUUACCAAAUGCCAAGAAUGACAAAAAAAUCAUAUCGUUGGAAAACAAUACCACCAUUAGUGAUGCAGAGUUGGUACAGAUUAUGGAAAAACCCGAGGCAUAUACUAGCCAGUUGCUUAAAAGAGCACGUCACCAUUUCCCUCACAAUGCGCUUUGGAUUCUACAAGAAGGAAGGAUGUUGGCUGCUGAGGGUAACUUGGUGAGGGCAAGCACCAUUAUGCAAAACUUCACCGAUGACCCCAAAAACAAGAUUGAAAUGCAGCAGAUUGAGGCGUUGUUGAUUUUCGACAGGGCCACGAUUUACAUGUACAUGCACGAGUAUGAAAAAGCCGCGAGAGACUUGAUUUAUUUGAUUGAAAUCAACUCGUGGUCCAAGGCAGUUUACUUGUUUAUGGCCUCGGCGUGCUAUUUGGAAUGCUAUAGAAUGGUUAAAAUGGGAGUGAUUGCAAGCGCCAAUCAAGAAGCAGCUGCUAAAAAAUAUUCGGACUUGUUUACAAAGUACUUGAGUCUUUCAUUGAGUUAUGUGCCUGGCCAUGGUUCCAACGCGCAAAAGAAAGGUGGUUUGGGGGGAAGUGGGAAACAAAUGCCCUUUGACAAGUUUUUGUUGAGAAAAUGGAAGCACAUUGAAGCGAGUAAGAAACAGCAUCCCGACUUAUCGUAUGCCGAUGUAGUGGGGACAUCGCUUGUUCACGAAUUGAUUUAUUUCUGGAACGGCUACAACCGAAUGAGCCCGGGGGAUUUCAAAUUGGCGUUGAAGAUGUUGGGCUAUUCGGGUGCUCCCGACACCGAGUUAUCGGCCAAUACUACCACCCACUCGUAUACCAAGAUUGAAGAGACUGACGACGAGGCCAUGAUUAGGUAUUUCUUACAAGCCUUGACUUUGCGUCAAUUGGGCCAAGUGGAGAAGGGACUCGGCAUACUCGACACGAACGUCAUUUCAAAAUAUGUCAUUUCAGACACGCCGCAGUUUAAGUUCCACAAAAUGACGUAUAGUCCCUAUCUUUACCCCACGGCAUUAUAUGAGAAAACCAUGUUUGUAUGGCUCUUGCGCACGUCAAACGUGGCCAAGUUGGAUGUGCACUCGGCGGUGGUGGAGAGCAAGUCUUGGUUAAAGAAGGCCGAGACGGUUGGAGAAGGUGAUUAUGAAUUGAGUAAUAGAACCAGCAUGCGUAUGAAAGCAGCUGGUGAUAGAUUAGACCAACUUGGCGGUUUGGCUUAA